AGGUAAGGUGCGUUCAGAAAAAUCAGAUCUGGAUGCAACCUAACAAUAAUCCUCUUUAUCUUUCUCUCUCUUCCCCCAUCCAUUAACAAGAUUAAGAUCGAUGGAAAUUACCAAAAGAGAUCAGAGUGGCGCACAACAAUUUCGUUUUGCUAAUGGGCUUGACUUGAUUCAUCUGCUCUCUCUUUACGAGAGGAAGCUGAAUCGGGAUAAAUCAUUAGAAGUAAAAGGAGCCUCAACGAGCACCAACAACCAAUCUGUGACUGCUCUGACGGGCGGCGGCGGCACUGAUAGUGUACGGCUUCAUAUGUCGAUGACUGCUUGCUUUAGCGUUGCAUGGGACGGAGACCUACGACUUCAUCUCUGCCAUGACAACAACCCAUGGAUGACUGCUCCGCGCGGCGGCGGCGACGACGAACGACUGUACCUGGCCUUACGUGUGAAUGGUCUCGCACAAUGGUGGCCACGAUGAUAUACAUACAACUGCACACAGCCGACCAGUGACUACUCCCGGCAACAACGACGAACGGCUGCUCACAACCGAUGACUGCUCCUGUGUCGAGACAACGAUGAGCUCCUGUGCUCUGAUGUGUAUAUUAAGUUGAUCAUUAAGUCAUAGAUUUGUGUAUGCACAUGCAUUAGCACGCAUCAUCAUCAGACAAACAACCCAUGUCCUCAAAAAAGUCUUCUAGCUAGUAUAUGCAGUUGCUUCAAGGUGUAGUAUGUCAUAGAUACUUCAUUUAAUUUUAUACUACAGUUACGUAAUUUUUCAAGAGGCAAUCUCACAAUAUACUAUAGUACUUGUACCUGUACAUGUGGAGAGAACAUUUUGAAUACGCCUUUCAA